AUGCGCAUCCACACGGGCACGAAACCCUACGCGUGCGACUACGUCGGCUGCCUGCAGCGCUUCAACACGUCGGGCAACUUGAGCCGCCACAAGCGCAUCCACAGCGGCGAGCGGCCCUACCCGUGUCUCUUUGACGCCUGUGGCAAGCGCUUCAACACGAGCACAAAGCUCAAGCGCCACAUGCGCGUGCACUUUCCAGACGGCCCCCACGUGUUCCACUGCAUGGGGCAACACGGCCACUGCCAGUGGAGCUGCGACAACUACAAGGACUAUGUGCAGCAUCAGAAGAUCCAGCACGGGGGGCGCCAACACGACACGUAUCACCUGCAACAACAGCAACAGGUGCAGCAACAGAUGCAGCAACAGGUGCGACGUCCACUUGCAGCGGCGUCGGCAGUAGAGAGCCCCAUACUGAGCGCCGACACGAGUGGGUUUGGCUUUUACGCGGCCGACGGCAGUCGCGAGUGCGCGAAUGAGCACAUGCUGUACGCAAAGUAUCGAAACUCGAUCGGUGCAGGUGGGAGCUGUGUGCCCGACUCGAGUUGCAGUAGUUUGGUGGACAAAGCGAAAAGCAGUCGCAGCAGUUGCAGUCGCAGCAGUUGCAGUCGCAGCAGUUGCAGCAGCAGCAGUUGCAGUAGUAGCCAUUUGGCUGUGCCCGUGUGGACCAAACAGGUGGGGCUGCCGGCGUUCUUUGGCUCGAGUGACACCCACUUGAGCAGCCUCCCGACAGUGCUGCCCAAGGAGCCGCGAAAGCGACAGGCCGACUUGACGCAUCCGUUCGGAUCCGAUCAGCCGUAUCGGAUACCAUCGAACAACACUUCUGCGCUGUUGUUCUCGCCAGCGGCAGUGCAGUAUGGAAGUACAGCGGCGGCGUUUGCGGUCGCGUCGGGUUCGGACACGGCGUUCGGUCGGCCGAGUGCGUCGAGUCCGAAUCACUUUGCACCGCUUCGAAUGGACGAAAAGCGUGACGACAGCAGCAACAGCAGCAGCAGCAGCUACGAACCGCACCCGAGUCAACAACAUUUGAUACUGCCGCUCUCCAGUUACCACGUGCUUCGACCACCGCCGCAGGGCAAUUCGCCGCCGACGAUGACGACUGCUGCUGCUGUUUCUGGCAAGUACGGCGGAUGUACAGUGUCAUUGCCGAUGAAUUCGGCAGCCCCCGAGUUCACUGGGGAAGAGCUCAGUGUCGUUUUGCAGCUUAUGAACGAGACGUACUAG